CUACACAAUGAUGAUCCCCCACGGCUUGGAGUGUGUGACACGCUCCCAAUCCCAAGACAAAGCACUUCGCCCGGCUGCAUGUUCCGUGUCUACCUAUUUGCUAUGGGCCAGCUUGAUUGUUGUAAAAACAAAAUAGCGAACGACAUCAACCAUCUUUGGAAACAAAUCUUGUUCAUGUCAAGUGACUUUGUCUGCGCUCAUCAGCUCGUACUAUCUUCGUUGUAUCACACCCAAGGCGGCUCCCGAUCGAGCCGCUUGCGCCCAUCCUUUACGCGAUGCCCAUGAUGAAUAUGUCGCAAUCCGAAUUGCCCUCUAAAUCCUACACUGGCUCGCGCUACUUCCGUGAGUUUGUGUCCAAGAUUCGGAAGGAUCCAGACGCUGGGAAGUAUGAGCAUCUCGAAGACUACCCUCACGACAUUCUUACCGAUAGCGAGCUGGGACUAAGGCUAUAUCACGCGGGAAUCAACCCCUACGACCAAGACCACUUCCGACACCAGAUCUACAUCGUUGUCACCGACUCCCCUCAAGGGAAAGCCAGCAAGGCUUGCCCGGCAAACACUGUCGUUGCCGCCUCGCUCACACUUCAAUGGACCAAGCGAGGGGACCUCUGCAAUGCGCUGCUCCUCUCGAUCAAGGGCUUCGGUCAGUGCACGUUCGCCUGGUGCGGUGACUCGCCGAACCAGAGCAAAUGUGGCUGGUGUGGCCAUGGCCAGAGAACACUGCUGUGGAGGAACAACCAGUGGAAGUGGCUGCCAUACCGACGCGGAAGGACUUUGCGGCAGGGUGAGAGGCACUGCUGCAGGUGGAAUAAGCUUGCUCGGAGAUACGAAUGUUGCCGAUGCAAGGACCCUGAUAAUGCGCUUAUGGGGCCCCUAGACCGGGAAGACGCUGCCUCGAUGCCCCAGUCCGUCCUGCCUGCUACCAUCGAGGGCCACAAGCUGUACAUGAGCAAUGCGCAAGUGGCCUUGGUGGGCGGGAGCCCCGAAAUCCAAAAUUCAGUUGUUGCUGGUAACGGUGUCCCUCAGCCCACUGUCAACAAUUUUCAUUUUUAUGGCAACAUCUACCAAGCGGCGGCGGGAGGGUCAUCCGAUGUUCUAAUGAGUGGGCCCUCAAGCUAUGUGUUCUCGACCAUGCCUCUCACGAUCGGAACCUUUCCGAGGGCAAUGAUUGACUUCACAAGCUCUGUUACACCAUCAAUAUCUCAGAGUGGGCUAGAACGUGGUCACAUCGUGGGCGAGGUUAAUGAAGAACAAAGCACGUCGGGCUCCGGUCCAAGCAAGAUACGAAAUUAUACCAGACCAAUGGUGGAGGAUGAUGUCGACGAUGGACCAAUCAGCAGCAGUGAGUUGGCCGAGAGGUUUUCUAGACUGGAUGUAAAUGUAAGCAAAACGUCGACUUAGACGCCCUUGUUAUGGUAGCCCCGGUACUAUUAUGUGGAUGGACAUUCCCCCCAAACUUGCAAUAAUAAUCAUAAAUCCAAAGAGCAUAUCAAGAUAUUUCCAAUUCAUCGAGUUAUCUUCAAA